AUGGGUCGUGGUUAUGUUGUCAUAUCAAUGUUACUUUGCUUUUUAUUCGCAUCUUGGUACCUCACUUUGGCUGAAUCAACGGAUUCAGGUGGUAAUCUGCAGAUGAAUGACAAGAACAUUACUCUUUCAACAACCAAACCUAUCUGGUUCCCACGAAGAGCCAACAUUCUGGAUGAAGACAACACCAUUUCUCAUUAUGCAAUGUGGCGCACAACAACAGGAAAACGUUAUGGUUUUCGAGCUGAAAUGAGUAUAUGGGGUUCACCAAAUCAACACUACUCUCAAGACUCCGGAUCAGCAAUACAAAUGUAUUGUGCAGAAGGAGAUCGCUACCGCUUAAUCGAAGCCGGAUUUCACGUUGCUCCCGCUUUGUACCAUAAUAGAGAUGUCCGCUUCUUUACAUAUUGGACGAAGGACACCAAAUCAGCGGGUUGCUACAACUUGAAUUGCCCCGGAUUUGUUCCUGCGCCUGGAGCUGCACUGGUGCCUGGUCAAGCCAUUGCUCCUACGUCAACUUAUGAUGUACAAGACCGCUAUGUCAGGCUUAGCAUAAAUGAGGAUCCAAAAUCAGGAGAUUUGGUGUUGUACCGGCAUGACUUAGAGAGACCCUCGUUCUUGGGGCAUUUCCCACGUGAGCUUUGCCCUGGAACGUCACGAAUACAAGCAUUGACUGGAUUCGUGAAUUACCUACUGACUAUAAAGGGUCCUCCAAUGGGCAGCGGCCAUUUCCCCAGUAGAAAUCCUAAGAGAUCUGGAUACUUCAAGCAUAUCAAGAUUUAUGACUCCAAAGGUCGCGCUUGGGACCCACAUACAACCCCGAUUAAGAAAGUAGCUGACAAGUGGGACUGCUAUAACCAAACCAGUCUUUUUCUUCAGCGUGACAUGGGCUACGCGUUUUUCUACGGUGGGCCAAGUGGCUGUGAAAAACUAAAGUAUUCACAUGGUGCUAUUAAUCAAGAUGAUUACAAGAUUAAGGGUGGGCACAACCCUCUACUGUUAGCGCCAAGGAUCCAAGCCUGGGUGUCCGGGAAGAACUCCACCCAGGGCAGCUGCGUGACGGCGCAGUCGCCGAUGACCCCAACGGGGUACGUGAGGAGCUCGCACUCCGGUGCGUCGCCGCCGGCCUGUGCGCCUCUGCUCCUGUCGUGCGCCUACGCGCGCCGCUGCUGCCCCCGCCACGUGCCACCGCGGUUCCGUGACUUCCGUCCUCGACUCCGGCCAGUGCUUGGAAGGUUCUAUGAUGGCUCUAUGGGGUGA